AUGCAAUCAGGCGCCUUCGAACCAGACGAUCUAUUCAAGCGGGGUGGACUCUUCUCUUCGCUUAUUGGAUUUAAAAAGAAAGCAAAUAAAGCCCCACCCUCUCGUCAGUCAUCGAUCGAUCAGCCACUUCCAGCUGGCUGUUCGACAAGUCGCGAAGAGCCGAGAGUUUUCCAACCAUUACCACAAAUCUCACUACAAGUUGCCGAGGAACAGACGCCGAUUGUGCAACAACAACGGCCAAACGAAAGAACUCCGUUCGAUAUCUAUCGAGAGAUUGUUUCGGAAGUUGAGCACUUCGAGAGAAGCUCCACGGCCACCCCAAUUUCCGAAUUCUCGAUCCAUUCCCCGUCUUCACUUUCUCCUCAACUUCCCCCGCAUCUCCCACAAAUGGAUCCAAUGAUGGGCUAUCAUCAACCCCUUCAACAAGAGCAACAAUUCUUCCCGACUUGGUCAAACCUUCUCCCGCCAAAUCACCCAAAUUUGGACUAUCAAUCGAUGACAAUGCAGAAAUAUCAACAAUGUCCAUUCAUGCAACAGGUGAGCUCUUUGGAUGCUCCGCCAGCCUAUCCGGGAAUGGUGCCACAGUUCUCGCAAAUGUCCCCCGAAACAUCAAAGAUGUCGAUAAUCCCCCCAUCACCGUUUCCCUAUUUCCCACCACCACUUCAACAAUAUCCGCUUCUUGAUGUGAAAGAUGAACCACUUGAGGCAAAGUUACUCAAUGCUCUCCAGACGCAGGCCCCCAUAGAAGAAUUUGUAAAACUAAUUGUAAGGGCUGUGAAGAAUGAGGAAGCACAACCGCUAGACGAAAGCCCGGAAGUGAUCUUGCAAAGGAAAAGACAGCAGAACAAUGCAGCCGCAGCCCGAUAUCGAAAACGGCAACGUGAAGCGAAACAAAACGCCGGUGAUGAGCUGCAAGACCUUUUGGAUCGAAAUCAAGAAUUGAAAGGAACAGUCGAUAGGAUGCAGCUGGAGAUCGAAUUGUUGAAGAGAGCCGUGUUAUCGGCCACCCGUAAAAAGGAGCAAACUGGAGACAAAGAGGAAAACGAUGAACGAAAAGAAUAUGAUCAGCUUGAUGAAAGAAGAAAACAAAACAAAGCCGCCUCAGCAAGGUAUCGUCGCCGAAAGGCUGAGAGUUCCAAAGAGGCUAGAAACAAGUUGAAAAGGCUAAUGACCGAAAAGCAGAAAUUAAAAGAGAAUGUUGACUUGUUACAUUCAGAGAUUGGUAUUUUGAGACAAAAUCUCAAAGAGAUU